AUGGUUACCAAAAAUUUAGCAAUAUUCGAUUUCGAUUAUACUGUUGUCUCAAAAAAUACAGACACAGAAGUCCUUGAAUUAUUAACAACAGACAUUCCUGAAGAAAUUGAAGAAAUACGUGAAACUAAUUGCUGGACAAUAUUCAUGGGCGAGGCUUUUAAGUUACUACAUAAAGAUAAAAUUGAUAAAGCAUCUAUACACAAAACUAUCAUCGAAAUUCCUGAAACCAAAGGCAUGUGUAAAUUAUUUAGAGCUUUGCAUAACGAUUUUAAUUAUGAUAUAAUAAUAAUAAGCGAUUCUAAUUCCAUAUUUAUACAAGAUUGGUUAGAAGCCCAUGCUUUAUCCGGUUGCGUUAAAGAAGUCUUCACAAAUCCUGCUCAUUAUGAUGACAAUGGUCUUUUACUUAUUGAGCCUUAUCAGUACCAAUUUGAAUGUAAAUUGUGUUCUAGAAAUUUAUGUAAAGGUGCUGUUAUGAAGAAAUAUAUUGAAAGCGCUGAGAAACUUGGUACUGAAUAUGUUAAGGUCAUAUAUGCUGGAGACGGCAGUAAUGAUUUUUGUCCUAUGAUUAAAUUAAGAGCAGUUGAUGUUGCUUUCCCUCGUUUGGGAUUUAAGAUCAUGAAUAGAAUCGAGAAGAAUAAAGAUGACCCUGAAUUGACUGUGAAGGCUGUCUUGAAACCGUGGACGGAUGGUUGUGAUAUAUUAAAAACUGUUAGAGAAUUAGAGGUAAUAAAUUCAUCUGGAAAUAUCAAGAAUUUGGAUCUUAAAUGA